AAAAUGGAGACGGACGUGGACGGUCCAGUGUCUCAGGUCUCCCAUUACAACCCGCUGUUUGACAUGUCGCUGAGCAAGAACGAGCUCUACGGCCUCCAGCCUGACGAUCUGAAACCAGCGAGACCCAGAAGAAAGUGGUGCUUCCUUCUCCUGGUAGUUUACAUCGUCUUACAGACGGCCUUCGAUGCCUUUCUCGUUUAUAAAGUUUAUGUGUUGGACUCCGCCCAUCUUGACCCCACGUCUCAGAAGCUGACGUCCAGUCACGAGUCUCAGAUGGACGAAGACCUUCAGAUUCUUCUCCGCAACAACAGCCUGGAGACCGUGGAAGUGAAGGGCCACUUGUGGACUCUGCAGAGUCAGGUGGAGAGCCUGUGUGGUGAGGAUGGACAGAUGGGCAGACUGAGGGCGGAGCUAAACCUGCUGAAUGCCACUAACCAGGUGCUACAGAGCAAACUGGCUUCCAUCAGCCUCCAAUCAGGACCUCCAGGUUCUCCAGGUUCUCCAGGUUCAAACGGGCUGCCUGGCAGUCCAGGACAGAAAGGCAUAAAAGGUGAAAGUGGAGUUGUUGGGCCCUCAGGACCAAAAGGAGACAUGGGUCUAAAAGGGGAUCCAGGAGCAGCAGGAGUUGGUGAAAAAGGGAUCCAAGGGCCACCAGGGGAGAAAGGUGUUAAAGGAGACACCGGUGCUCCAGGUCCUCAUGGAGACAAAGGAGCCCCUGGAGGUCCUGGUCAGAAAGGAAAUUCUGGACAACCUGGUUUUCCUGGACUCAAAGGACUAAAAGGAGACAACGGGAGUGCUGGGUUACAGGGACCUCCAGGAUCCAAAGGAGAAAAGGGUGAAGCAGCAUCUCUGGGUAAGUUGACUGUGCGUCUCGUGCCUGGAAAAAACAGAGGACGGGUAGAAGUCUUCCACGAUGACAUCUGGGGCACCAUCUGUGACGACAGCUUCGACGGUCUGGAUGGGAAGGUGAUCUGUAAGAUGCUGGGCUUCCAAUCGGUUGUUACCACCUUCACUGCCCCCCCAGGUUCUGGUAAGAUCUGGUUGGACGAGCUGCGGUGCAUGGGAACAGAGACUGAUAUCUUUGACUGUGUGCACGGUGGAGUUGGAACUCACAACUGCAAUCAUAACGAGGAUGUUGGAGUGCAGUGUCUCUAGACUAAAUACCCCCCCCCCCCUCCAACCCCACCCU